CCGGAGUUCUCUGCUCUAGGGCCGAACUGUAGGACCGGGCCUCUGAGGCUGGAGGCAGGAGAAGAGGCCACCCACACUGCAGUUCCCCCCAAGUCCUCCGGGAGCUCUGCACUCCCGCCCUCCGGCUCUCCAACGUCCUCAGAUGAUCCCGGGCCCCUCAAGGCUGCGCGCCUGGUGGGGGUGGAGGAGCCGCGGUUACUCCUGGCCCCUGCCUGGGGACGCGGAGGAAAAGCAGGGAGACGUGGGAGGCGGCUCCCCGGGAUUUCGGACCGUCCUCUGAAGACUUCAACUGCCUGUACCGCCUGCAGGUUGCAUGAUGGAAUUUGAAUGUUUUCCCAAGAAACUUUAUGUUUUGGAUCUGUAUUAUUGAAUUUGUAUAAUAUUGGAAACUUCUUCAGACUCUUUUUUUCGUGUCCAUUUGAGACAUUUAACCCAAAAGAGGCUGUACCAUGGACUGCAAAGAAAGCUGCCCAAGUGUUAGCAUCCCAAGCUCUGAUGAACACAGGGAGAAAAAAAAGAGGUUCACUGUUUAUAAAGUAUUAGUUUCAGUUGGAAGGAAUGAAUGGUUUGUCUUCAGGAGAUAUGCUGAAUUUGAUAAGCUUUAUAACACACUAAAGAAACAAUUUCCAACUAUGACAAUGAAGAUUCCUGCCAAAAGAAUAUUUGGUGAUAAUUUUGAUCCAGAUUUUAUUAAACAGAGAAGAGCAGGACUGAAUGAAUUCAUUCAGAAUUUAGUUAGACAUCCAGAGCUAUGCAACCAUCCAGAUGUCAGAGCAUUUCUUCAAAUGGACAGUCCACGACAUCAGUCAGAUCCUUCUGAAGAUGAGGAUGAAAGAAGUAUUCAGAAGCUACUCUCUACCUCACAGAACAUCAAUCUGGGACCAUCUGGAAAUCCUCAUGCCAAACCAACAGAUUUUGAUUUCCUAAAAGUUAUUGGAAAAGGCAGCUUUGGCAAGGUUCUUCUUGCAAAAAGGAAACUAGAUGGAAAAUUUUAUGCUGUCAAAGUGUUGCAGAAAAAAAUUGUUUUGAAGAGAAAAGAGCAAAAACACAUCAUGGCCGAGCGUAAUGUGCUCUUAAAAAAUGUGAAACAUCCAUUUUUGGUUGGAUUACAUUAUUCGUUCCAGACAACUGAAAAGCUUUAUUUUGUUCUAGAUUUUGUUAAUGGAGGGGAGCUUUUCUUCCACUUACAAAGAGAACGAUCCUUUCCAGAACACAGAGCCAGAUUUUAUGCUGCAGAAAUUGCCAGUGCUUUGGGCUAUUUGCAUUCCAUAAAAAUAGUAUACAGGGACUUGAAGCCAGAAAACAUUCUUCUCGACUCAACGGGACAUGUCGUUUUAACAGACUUUGGAUUGUGUAAAGAAGGGAUUGCUAUAUCUGACACAACUACAACAUUUUGUGGGACACCAGAGUACCUUGCACCAGAAGUGAUCAGAAAACAACCCUAUGACAAUACUGUAGAUUGGUGGUGCCUUGGUGCUGUUCUGUAUGAAAUGCUUUAUGGGUUGCCUCCAUUUUAUUGCCGAGAUGUUGCUGAAAUGUAUGAAAACAUACUUCAUAAACCCCUAAAUUUGAGGCCAGGAGUGAGCCUCACAGCCUGGUCUAUUCUGGAAGAACUUCUUGAAAAAGACAGACAAAAUCGACUUGGUGCCAAAGAAGACUUUCUUGAAAUUCAAAAUCAUCCUUUCUUUGAAUCACUCAACUGGACUGACCUUGUACAAAAAAAGAUUCCACCACCUUUUAAUCCUAAUGUGGUUGGACCAGAUGAUAUCAGGAACUUUGAUACAGCCUUUACAGAAGAAAUGGUUCCAUAUUCUGUUUGUAUAUCUUCUGACUAUUCUAUAGUGAAUGCCAGUGUUUUGGAGGCAGAUGAUGCAUUUGUUGGUUUCUCUUAUGCACCUCCUUCUGAAGAUUUGUUUUUGUAAGAGAGACUAUGUUCAGAAAACACCAAGGAAAUACAAACCUAAGGAUCAAAGUGAAAUUUUUCUAUGAUGUGGGAAAAUAUUCCAAAAUGUGUCUUAACUAGUGCCUCAUUUUUAUAUGUAAAGUUAAAAUCUUUAAACACUUUUCUGCUGUAUAUGAGAAAAAAAUAGGAUAUUUCAGAAAGUAGAAAGUAAACUUUGUUACUCCUGCUUAGUAAGAUUAUUUUUAAAGAAAUACUUCACAAGUUAUUCUUUACAUUGACCUGUUUUUAAGCAAAAAAAAAAAAAGUUUGCUGUUGACUGUUGUUUUUCCUUAUAGGUUUACAUUAGUAUUUACCUAGGAUUAGCUGUUUUCAACAACUACAGCAGUUCAAUAUAUUGCUUUUCAAUUCAGUCUAUCAUCCCUAUAGUGAUUUUUAGUGUUAUGUCCUAACUAUGCAAUUAUCUUUUGUAUUUGUUGUUGGAAAAGAAAUAACAUGUUGCCAUAUUAAAUCACUGUUUGAAAUCUGAAAUUCUUGACAGUAUUAAAAUGAAAGUGCAUCGUUAACAAAAAUAUGUUGGUUUAUAGUUUUGAUGACCUUUCAUUCUGCAGAUCUUUAAAGAUUAAAAAAAUCCCCACAGAAAAUACCUUCUAUUUAAAACGUUGGAGUUGAAAUUGGUGUGAUUUUUUUUCCAUGCAAGAAACAGAAAAUAAACUGUUUGCAUUUCUUUAGCAUUCCAAAGAUUUAAAAAAUAGUCAAGUAUUAUGGAUUUUGUGCACGUGUUACUGAAACAUUCGUUUUUCUAUGCACUGUAUCAUACAUUUAAAAUGUGUAUGUUCUCUGUUUUCAGAUUGUUAGGUUUUUGUUGCCUGGAUCUUUAGUAUAUUAUACAUUCAGUCUGAAUUUGCUUUGCAAAUAUGUAAAUAAUUUUUUUCCAAAUCUGUUGUCUUUAUUAGGAGUCACAUUCAAGUAUUUAAGGUUUGCUACAGUUCUCAUAUAAUUAGAAAUUUCUAAAAUUGUCCUAAGUAUGCAAGUUUUCUUUGUAGAUUGCUGGAUCAAUUCCAAAAAUAUUUUUAGAGUAAAAUAAUCAUAUAUAAUUUAACAAUUGUGAAAAACAUAUUUUAAUUUGGACUUCAUUAUUUAGAAAAGUAAAGGUAUCUAAUCUUUAUCCCAUGGCAUGCUGACUUUGGAUUACUUAUAAUUCCUGCAUAAGAUGACUACAAAUCCAGAAGAGCUAGAAAAUACAGUACAUGGGAAAUAUGAUUUAUAAAAGAGCUAACUUAGCAUACCAGUUCAGAUUCUUUGAGUGAACAUUUUCCCCCAGUUUUUUCUUUGAAACAGUAAUCACAAAAAUACUUAAACAUUUGUUUAAAAAAAAAUGUUGCUCUGCAGAAUGAAAAGGAGAAAAAAAGUUUCACUCAAAGUAAUGACCUAAGUACUCUUUAAAAUUGUUUUCAAACACUGUAUCUUCCUAUAGAAGUAAAAAUUUAGUAACUACACUGUCUGUAAAUAUUUGUUAUGUCUGGCACUACUGUAAAUUCUGCUUUUACACAGAAGCUUUUUGUUUAUUAUAGAUCAAAAUGAAAACUGCAGCAUCUUGCAGAAUUUGUUUUGAUUUGGCCACUCUUUAAAAACUUAACUGCCCAAAGUGAAAGUGCAAUAUUGUGUAUUUUUAAGAGAAAUUGAUAAAAGGUAGAAUGCUAAUAUUUCUGAGAUGAUAAGUAAUGCAAUUAGUAUGUAAUAUAAAAUAAAGUUAUUGUUAACCUUGUGGGCUCUUAUUAUCUCAAACUAAAAUUAAAUAUAAAUAUUAUUUCUUUUG